AUGCUUUGCACGAUGAAGCUGUCCCAAGCCGUCUUCGCGUGCUCAACGGCGACUUCUCUGCCUCGACGUGUGUGCUGUUAUGCAUGGAGAAGUGUGGUGUGGAAACAGUCAAAUAUCGCAGACGUUUGCAUUGAGCCUUCUAUCCAUUGGAUCCCGUCUCCUCGUGUGCUCAUGGCAUUUUCGUUUCACGAGUUUUCGAGUAAUGGGCCCAAAUGUGUUUCUGCGGUGAUGUUCUUUUUUUUUGUGUUUUUGUUGUCUCUGUCUUCCCCACCCCUCUCAUUCCUGCCUGCACUCGUGCACUGUGUGUAUCCUUCUCUCCGAUGUGAGGGCUCGGUGUGUGUGUGUGUGCGUGUCUCCAGCCAAUUCUACGAGUCACCGCUUGUAUAG